GGAGUGAAAAAGUUAUGAAAGAAUUAAUGUUUUAGAGAGAAAUUAAUUAAAGAAAGGCUUUUUUCAUUAUUCUUUUGUAUUCUUUAGGUGAGACAUACAAAGAAAACCGGCAAAAACAAGAAAAUUGAAGAAAUUCUUGAAGAUUUGUAAGGUUUUCAACGCAUGAAUGAAUGAGAAACAUUUGAAUGGCACGUGCAUAAAUUUUGACAGUUCAAAGUGAGGUUAUGUCGCUUGAGUAUUUUUCUGGAAAAUCGUUCACGUGAAUAUCUCGCGGAAUCCAGUGAAAACCAAAGAAUUAUCAAUUAAUUCCACACCAAGAGUAUCCAAAAGUCUCCACAAGAUCCCGGAGAAAUAUUUCCUUUUGAAAAUUGCGCUGCAGAGUGUUGCAGAAAUAGCUGAGUGAGAGACAACGCACCAAAGGAGCACCUUGAAGAUCCGGGAGCUGCGGUGACCUGUUGAAUCGUUUGGUUUGCUGCUGGGCGAGAGAUUUGGGGGCACACUAAGGUGGCAUUUAGGGCGCCGCAUCAGCGUGAUAAAUUACAAAAUUGCAAUUUGCAUAAUUUUAAUUGAUAUUUCUUCUGCUAAAAGCGUGAAAGGGUGGAGAGGUGAAAAACGCAUUUUGUGGCACGUGAGCUCAAUCGCGAAUUGCACACCUCUUGGUAUAUCGACGGUGGCGUGUUAUUUGGUGUGAGUCUGACGAAAUGCGAUUCCCCGCGUUGUGAGGAGAGUCAUAAGCCAACAAGUGACUGAGCACGGCCGGGGGCGGACGUGCCGGGGGAAGGUGGAAAAGCAAACCAAUACAGACAAUUGGAAUUGGCACGUGUUUCAUCAACGUUUCCUUCGUGAACACCAGGCCACACACUUUUUUGUUGUUGUUGGUUGCUCUCUUCACGAAUGCCUGUGAAUUGUGUCUCGUUAUCGCAUUGAUAUGCAUGUGAGUUGGAUUAAAAACGUUUUUUCCAACACACACACGCCGGGGCAUAUACAUAGCCUGAGCUGCCGCCAAGAGGUAUUUCUCCGAUGAGUUCGUGUAUUUUUAGUCCAAUUUGAUCAGCCCAGCUGGAAGCAUUGUUUUUUGCACACGGUCGUCAAAUUUGCAAAGGAAAAUUUUCCACUAUAAUCCAGGAGACAGAUUCUAGAGAAGUCAAAGCCCAAAAGGAGAGCUAGAAGGCGUGAAAGUGGGAAUUUUUGCUGCAGAGAUUUUUCAGGGAUUCCUUGAAGGAGCAAUUCGGGAAGACGAUUGAGCAGAGAGUGUGUGUGUGUGAUUUGCUGGAACAACUGGAGUACAUUCAGACUUUUUGAGGAGAUCACAAAGAGACGAGUUUGUGACGAAGGCGAGACACUCUGAGAGCGAGUGAUACAAUCCAGAUGAGAGUUCAUGAGAAAAUUAUGUGGUUUUGCGAGUGUUAUCAAAAUCUAGCUAUGUGUGCCUGCGAUAAGAACCGAUGAUUUGCAUUUGAACUUACCCAGUGACUCACGGACAGUCGUCGAGAGAGCUUUACAAGAGAAAAAAUAUUCCAAAGCUUCCAGAGAAUUUAAAAACCAAAAAAAAAAAACAUUCUAACUUACCUAGUCCUUGUGCCUGGGAAGUGUACUGAAAGAGAAAAAAAAGUGCUAAAGAAGACUUUACGAAGGGAAGGGGAAAGGAGGUGAUCUUGAAUAAAGUGCGGAAAGUUGAACUUGGUGGAUUUUUGAAAAAAAGAUUCUAAUUUAAUGUGUACAUCAAUUCGCAUUUGUCGCAACAGUCGGGUCACAUUAUUUUUCCGAAAGCCACGUUACACGCAUUACUGUUCCGUGUGGAAUGUUAUAUUGAGUUUCGUUUAUCAAAAGAGUGCGAUUUGAUGGCCUUAGCAACAAGUUGAGGAGGAGCGUCACAGCGAAAAAUCUUGUCGAGCCACCGCACAAAUAUCAUUUAACAUCAUCGCUCGAAACACUCGGCCGUCGUUUUUUUUUGUGCUCCGCGCGAUACCAACACCAGCCCAGCUGUAGCAAGUGGGUGAGCUGCUUGGACGCAAAUCGGUGCGAUACCAUCGCACCCAGGACUGUUGAACAUCGUGUCCGUUCUAAUUGUCAGAAAGGAAAUUAAGAGAAGGAAAUCCUAUUCAAGGAGGGAAUCCUCUGAAGACUUCACAAAACAACCCCCAAAGUUUUCCCCAUAAAAAUCAUCUUGAAAGCCCAAGAAGGUCAUCAAGCAUGGAGUCGUACUGGGAACAGAACCACUUGCAGAAUCCCGUCAAGUAUGAAAAUGAGUUGAAUGGCAAUGCGUACCCAUAUUGUGAGACUGGACUGAAUUUCUCCACAAAUGCCACGUUCAGCGAGGAUGAUGCAGAAUAUCACGGACGUCGUGGAAAAACAUCUCGGCAAGAUCCCCUGUCGCAUCGAAUUAUUGAGAAGCGUCGACGGGAUCGAAUGAAUUCCUGCCUGGCUGACCUGUCGCGUCUUAUUCCGCCACAGUAUCAGCGUAAGGGUCGUGGACGUAUUGAGAAGACGGAAAUCAUUGAGAUGGCCAUACGGCACAUAAAGAGCUUUCAGAAGCAAGAAAAUACGUGUCGGGAUACAAUUCUCGCGGAUAGAUAUCGACGUGGGUACAAUGAUUGUCUCACGGAGGCGGCUAAAUUCCUCGUUGCCAUCAAUGAUGACUUUGACACCAUCUGCUACAAAAUGAUUGAGCACCUCAAGGAGCACUGUGGGGAAGUCAUGAAGAGCGAGUUCUGCAAGUCCCGCGAAUGCCUGGAGCCCCUUACAAAUGGCGGCAGCGCCUCACCAGCAUCGCCACCAAGUGGGUACCAUCAGGGUGCACCACUGUCGCACCUCCGGGACAUGCUGACGUCGGACUUGGAGCACAGCAGCAACGAUACGAGUGAUGUGAAGGACCUCAGUUUCAGGCAUCAGCAACCACAGCAGGCGCCUGUGAUCACAUCAACGGGCCCCGCGGCGCCGAUGGAUACGCACCCGCCACCCGAUAGUCAAGCUCCUGCGCAUCAGCAUUCCUUCCACGCUCCCGAUGCGAGUCUAGGGGCUGGUCGGCAUGCGUCCGAUGUGAGUGCAGCGGAUGCAGCUGAGCAUCACAGCUACAAGUUCAAGAAUUACAUCCAACAGCGAUUUUCUCAGGAUACCCACCAUCUGCACGAUGAAGUCUCCGUGACUAACUGCAGCCAUAGCAGUGAAGGCAGUGAACGCGACAGUGGUGUUCAUGCGAGCACAAAAGGGGGCCUGUGUGCGGAGAAUAGCAACAGCGGUGAUGAGCAUCCACUGCCGGGAGCACGGGAAGCGGAAGUACGGGCAGCUGGGCAGGCGCAGACAGCUCCAAAGUCAACGCCAGCCCGCCAUCCGCAUAUGACUGUGCCAAUCUUUGCACUCCACUCUCAGGGAACGUUCUACGUGCCACUGAGUGUGGACUACGACGCCCUCGUGCCAUACUUGGGGCAUGCGGAUCUACUGGAGAAGAACUACGCGCCCCAUGUGCCCGUGCAUCCGGUCAAUAUUCACAUUCUGGCCACACCACCUGCAGUACGACCCGAUGCACCCCCACGGACUUCCUUCCUGCUCAAACCAAAGCUCGAGGGGCUCAUCAAUGCGUGGUGAGGAGGGGCACGCGAGCCAGGGGGCGGCGCACUUUUUAUCCAAACAAAAAACUACCAUAAACGCAUACAGUAUAAAAUAGACAUUUGGGGUGUAGUAGAUGAGUCAUUUGCAGGCGGAAGACACUGAAGAAAUGUAUAAUUGAUAAAAAAGAAUUCUUUUUUGUUAACUAAA